UCUCAACCUCACCUCAGCAGACGGAAGCAUCCAUGGAGGGCUCGUGCAGCAGUCCUCUGCCUUACUUCCAAAACCACUUUUCAACAUGACAUAAAAAGCAAACCCCGGCUCUUCCAGCCAGAAACUCGCCGUUUUCAGUCUUCGCAGCAUCCCAGCGGUACCAAUUUACCAACUUAGUUUUUUUUUUCCUCUUCUAUUUAUUUUAUUUUUUUUACCCUCCCUCCCCCCCGCUGCACGGACACCCCUCCCCUGUAGCUCAUCAUCCAUUCCCGGAGAUAAAUCCAUUCCCUGGGAAUUAAAGGAGCUUGCUCGUCUUUUUGUUUGUUCACUCCGGGGAUCCGCAUGGAUGUGGCAGCGGUAGAGGGGAUGUCUCUGCCGGGUAUCCGACUCCGGAAUCGGCCGACGCAAGUGAUGCCGAACCAGAAGAAGGUCAGGGCGAGACGGAAAAGACGAAAGGAGUUGCUUUUGAUCCAGAUAUGCUUGUUCGGCGGCUUGCUCCUGGUCGUGACGGGGUUCUCCUACUUAGCGGAACAUUCAGGCUUCGCCGUCUCCAGCCCCAGCAGCGAGGACCAGGGGAGAUGGGGAGGGAGGAGGCUACUGCAGGAAAUGGACAACAGCAGCCUGGAGGAAAUGGAGAGUGAAGGCUCUAAGAACUGCACUCCUCCAGCUCUGCACGAGUUCCCUACAGACCUGUUCACACACAAGGAGAGAACUGAAGGAGCUGUGGCCCUGCAUGUCCUUUGUACCAUUUACAUGUUCUGUGCCCUGGCCCUCGUCUGUGAUGACUACUUCGUGCCCUCCCUGGAGAAGCUGUGUGAGCGUCUCCAUCUCAGCGAGGACGUAGCAGGUGCCACCUUCAUGGCCGCUGGCAGCUCGGCCCCUGAGCUCUUCACGUCCAUCAUAGGGGUGUUCAUCACCAAAGGUGACGUGGGUGUGGGGACCAUCGUGGGUUCAGCUGUCUUCAACAUCCUCUGCAUCAUCGGCGUGUGUGGCUUCUUCGCCGGCCAGGCAGUGAAGCUCUCUCAUUGGGCUCUACUCAGAGAUUCAACUUAUUACAUAUUUUCUAUCACGGCCCUCAUUGUGUUCAUCUACGAUGAGAAGGUGUGCUGGUGGGAGUCUCUUGUCCUGAUCCUCAUGUAUGCAGUCUACAUCCUCAUCAUGAAGUUUAACGGCAGAGCACAUCGCUACUUUGACCGUCGAAAGAAGAGCUCUAUGAGUCUGGCCAAUGGGCUGACAGGAAGCACUGAUCUGGAGGAUAAUGUCACGUGUGACGCUACUGCAGUCCUGCUCAAGAAAGCUAACUUCCACUGUAAGCCGUCGGUGCUGAUGGUUGAUGAGCUGCUGUCUGCAUACCCCCACCAGCUGUCUUUCUCUGAGGCCGGUAUGAGGAUCAUGAUCACCAGUCAUUUCUCCCCCAGAACCCGCCUCACCAUGGCCUCUCGCAUGCUGAUCAAUGAGAGGCAAAGACUGAUCAACACCACUGAGACUAGAGUCAACCGCAUCACCAACGGCGACUCUGACUCAGCCGCCAGGCCUCAGGGGAGGCGGGGCUUAGAGAAUGGGCUGAGCGGAUCUGAACAGGGUCUGAACGGGAGAUGCAGACUUCAGCGGCUGGAGUCUGGCAACGAGACAGAGAAUGAAAAUGAGGAUAAUGAAAACAAUGAGAACGACGAGGAGGGAGAGGGAGAAGAUGACGAUAAUGGCCCCCUGGUGCCUUUCAAAGUUCCAGCUGGGGGGUGUAACAAGCUGAAGUGGCUGACCAUGUGGCCGCUGUCCUUGCUGUUGUUCUUCACCGUGCCUAACUGUGCCAAGCGCCGCUGGGAGAGAUGGUUCAUGGUCUCCUUCUUCACUGCCACCAUCUGGAUCGCUGGCCUCUCCUACAUCAUGGUCUGGAUGGUGACUGUGAUCGGCUUCACUCUCGGCAUUCCUGAUGUUAUCAUGGGCAUCACCUUCCUAGCAGCAGGCACCAGCGUCCCAGACUGCAUGGCCAGUGUUAUUGUUGCACGGCAAGGUCUGGGAGACAUGGCCAUCUCCAACUCCAUAGGCAGUAAUGUGUUUGACAUACUGGUGGGCCUGGGCCUGCCGUGGGCACUGCAAACACUCUGCAUCGACUACGGCUCCUAUAUCCAUCUCAACAGCAGAGGUCUUAUAUUCUCUGUUGGACUCUUACUUGCCUCAGUAUUCGUCACAGUUCUUGGUGUCCAUUUGAACAAAUGGACUCUGGAUUGGCGACUGGGCUUGGCCUGCCUCAUCUUGUACGCCAUCUUUUUAUGCUUCUCCAUCCUGAUUGAGUUCAACGUCUUCAUCUUCGUCAACCUUCCCAUGUGCCGAGACAUCCACUGACCUCCCUCCUUUUCUUCUUCUUCUUCCUCUGGCUUAUGGAGGAAACCUCAUCUGGCUUCCGGGUUCUCGGCGCCUUGGAACCAAGUCCUACCUUUUAUUUUUUAAAUAGAAAAAUAGAGCUCUAUAUGAUUUAUCUUUGGUGCAAUACACAAAAGAGAGAAGACACCGGAAGUUUGGUUUAUUUGGGACCAGACAGGAGGCGUGAGAAGAAAGUCCCAGCAGCAGAGAUUGCUGCCAAUCGUCUAAUGAACUGAAAGGUUGGCUGGAGUUAAUAUAACUGUAUAAACACCGACAGUUAGGCUACUGUUGGUGAAGAAGCUGCUACUGUAACUGACUGACUGGUCAAAAGAGAGAAGUCCUGCGCUAACAGCGAUUUUUAGCUGGAUUGUUUGUUACUCUUUGUACAAGUUUGAAUAUAAGCACAUGAUUAAGGUAUUUUUAAGUAAAAACCGGCUUUCUCUGUAUAUAUUUGAGCAUUAUAUAUAUAUUAUAAGUACUAAUAUUAGCUGAUAUAUGGGAUUCUCUUAUGCACAACUGGAUCAGUCUUGCAAAGCUGAAUGAUCUGAUGACAGUGGCAAUACUGUUAUUUUUUAAUGAUUUGUUCUGCCAGUCAUACACUCAAAAUACUUCUACACGUCUCCCAUGCUCAGUAACAGCCAACACAGCAUGCUGUACGAGCCACAAGUCAACGCUUUGCACUGAGAGAAUCUAAAUAUUUAACACUAUUCGCAUAGUCUAUUCAUGUUUGUUUUUCUGUCUCUCUACAGGCAUUUCUGUGUAGGCGGGGUGGGGGGGGGCUUUCUUUUCUUUAAUAAAACCCUCAUAGGAAAGGGAUCUCCCUGGAACUAACAUCCAGCACUGUCACUUUAUUGAUUAGAGAUAUUAUUCUAUCAUUUCAAAGCCUCUGCAGGUACUCUAAACAUGUAACUACUGAAUUUAAAGUUCCCUCUAGACGGUAGACCUCUUACAAUAUUACAGAAUUAGGUUUUAGUAUCUGAGUUGAGUUUAACAUUGUUACUUCUUAAAGCCAAAAGUAUUUUUAGAAUAGGUGUAAGGUCGUAGAUUUGGACUUCAGUCAGCUUGAGUGCACAGUGUGUGUGUGUGUGUGUGUGUGUGUGUGUGUGUGUGUGUGUGUGUGUGUCACACUCUCGAGGGGAACCAAGGACACCACUGUUACUGGGAAGACAUAAUCAUGAUUUAUUUAUGAAUUAAUUUAUUCAAAGAUCAUGUCUAAGCACCAGUUUCAGCCCUUUGGAUCAUGUACAGUGUAUUAAAUGGAACGUUCUCCGCUCUUUGACCACGGAGCUGUACAAUGUACUAUACCUAAUAUGUAAUCUCAGUACUGGAAACUGACUUGAUGUUGUUUAUAUUUAAGAAUAGAACUUUAUAAUUUAUAAGUUUUGUAUAGUUUGGAAAGAUAUUGCAACAUUUGUAUAUUGGUACAAACACAGUGGUUUCCGACGACGAUGAUGCGCGGCAGGGUUGAGUUGCCUUGGAGAUGUUGUCAUUUGGUGAGAUGGACUGAAAUGCAGUCUUUAUCACUGGUCCUAACAUGGGUGGAAGCUGUCGCUAAUCCCAUUGCAUGUUGAAAUAGUGAUGAAUCAUGGUUGUAAAAGAUUCACUUUCAGAUAAUAAAAAAAGGAACUGCACACCGAUGGCACACCACCUUUUGAACUUUCACGACAUAUUGUUUCUUAAACACAUUGCUUGAACUCUUGUGCCAUCCCUUGUUGGUUGUGGCCAUUCUCCUGCUUGUAUUUGAGCCAAAGAAACACCUUUGUCAACAGUAUUGUCACUCUGUUCCAGCAUGUGUUGUGGAAGAUGUGUAUUUUUUUGGACUUUUAUUUUUACCUUGAAGGAUUCUUAUUCAGUUAUCAGGUUCUUAGAGUUGCUGAUAUAUUAAAAGCGUCCUCUGUAGGUGUUGUUGCCUCUCCUGCAGCCACAAGAGAGCGCUGUAGCGCUGUGUUACAUCUUCACAGAUGGCUGCUUCAUUCAGUAGUAAGUGGUUAUAUUUUCAGGUAGGCUACAUAGAAACAAAUACUGGUCUGUUUGCAUGCCUCUUUCAUAAUUCAGAUUAUUUUGUGUGUAAUUUUAAUGCAUUUCCAAGAUCAAAAAGGCACUGUCUUGAUUAUGCUGUACAUAUCAGAGGGAUAUGCUAUUAUAAUGAUGUUGGAAUAACUUCUGAUGAGAUAUAUACAGUAUUUAGAAUGUAGGCCUACAACAGUUAGUUUUCAGCUAAUUAAUGUUGUUUUAUGCUCAUGUCUUUUGAAUUUGUUUGUAAAUCCUCGUUUUUGUUGAUGAGGACCUCUGGGCAGAGCUCAGAGUCAGAGAGAGUUGAAGAUGUUGGCUUUUGUUCCCAGUGGUCUUCUUGCAAUAAACUGAUUUACAUACAUGAAA